UUCUUUUUCCCUUUGUUCGCUUUUUCCCUUUGGUCGUCGUCUCGCAGCUUUCAUCUUCUUCCGCGGAUUGCUUCUUAGUAGCAAUGCCAUAGAUUUUGUUCUUCGAUCGGUUCUUCCGGUCCUUCUUCUGUUUAUUUGUUAUCGAUCUUCCCGGUUUUCUUCUGCAGCUUUCUCCAUUCGUAGUUUCGAUUUUACUUCACUGAUCGAUUUAGGUAAGUAGUUUUCUUUGCCGUUUUACAUUUAUAUGUUUUUUCCUUCUUCCGUUUCAAAUUCUUUUUUGUUUCGUCGAAGUUAUCUUUUCCUGUAAUCAUCUUUAUUUUUACUCAACUUAUUUUUUGGUUGUAUUGUUAUACGUUGUCGCUACUGUUAUAACUAUUAUAAGUUGUUUCAGUUCAAUUUUUUUCUGUUUUAGAUUCUUAUCGACCAUAUGGCUGAUUUUGGAGAUUGUAUUUCUCCCCGUGGAAGAUUAAUUGAGGAUAUAGAUUCUGGAGGCGGAAUUGUUGGCAUUCAAUCCAAUUUCUUGGAUUCUGCUGUUAAUUUCAGUGAAGACCAAAAUCUUGUUUGUGCAACAGAAUCUCUUUCUUUCGGACCAACUGAACGUUCAUCUAGUUUUGAGACUGUACAAGUUUGUCAUGAUCCUGUUUCUGUUGAAACCAUAUUAGUGAAGGAAGCUGAAUUUUCUGAGUUGCUUGGUACAACUGUAUUUUCAGAGGAAGAAGCAUUUCAAUUGUAUAAUGAUUAUGCUUUUCGGAUUGGUUUUGGAGUUAGGUACUCUACUUUGAGAAAGAGGGAUGGUGGUUCUGGCUUUAGGGGAAGGGAGUUCUGCUGCACUAAACAAGGCUUAAAAAAAAAAUAAAGGCGUUGAUGGGAAGCAAUUCACAAAAGUUGACAUUCGUACUAAUUGUAAG